AUGAAAAUUCUAACAAACCUAAGGAAAAGUAAUAACCUGUAAAGCUGCUGUAGCCUGGGAAGCUAAAAAGCCUUUAGACUACACCGAUGUAUAAGUAGAAGCUCCAAAAAAAGGAGAAGUCCGUUUAAAGUACUAGCUAAUGCUUUAUGUCAUACUGAUAUUUAUACCUUAGAAGGUCAUGAUCCUGAAGGACUUGUCCCAAGUAUAUUAGGUCAUGAAGCCGCGGGAAUAGUAGAAAGUGUAGGUGAAGAUGUAACUUCUGUAAAACAAGGAGAUUUAGUAAUUCCUUGCUAUACUCCUGAAUGUAGAGAAUUUUCUUGUAUCUAUUGUUGUAGUGAAACUACUAAUUUAUGUCCAAAAAUAAGAUCAUUCUAAGGUAAAGGAUUAAUGCCUGAUGGAACAAGUAGAUUUUCAAAAGAGGGAAAACAAAUAUUUCAUUUCAUGGGUUGUUCUACUUUUUCUGAAUAUACAGUUGUCGCUGAAAUUUCAUGUGCUAAAAUAAACUCAUAAGCAGAUGCAAAUUAAAUAUGUUUAUUAGGAUGUGGAAUAUCUACAGGAUGGGGAGCCGCAAUGAACACUUGUAAAGUUAGAAACGGAUCCUCUGUUGUAGUUUUUGGAUUAGGAGCUGUUGGUUUAUCGGUUGUAUAGGCUUGUAAAAUGAGGGGGGCUAAAAAGAUAGUUGGAAUAGAUUUAAAUAGUUUGAAAUUCGAUGUAGCUAAGUAGUUUGGAUGCACAGAAUGUUGGAAUCCAACUGAAGUUUAAAAAAAUUAUGGAAAAAGCAUUAAAGAGCAUUUACUUUAAUUAGAAACGUGGGGAUAUGAUUAUACUUUCGAUUGUACUGGAGUCACUUCAGUUAUGCGUGACGCAUUAGAAAUUUCACAUAGAGGAUUUGGUGAAAGUUGUGUUAUUGGCGUUGCAGCUUCGGGACAUGAAAUAUAAACAAGACCCUUCUAAUUAAUUACUGGUAGAUAAUGGAAAGGAACAGCUUUUGGAGGCUGGAAGAGUAGAACAGAAGUUCCUUAGUUAGUUUAAUAAGUACAAAGAGGUGAAUUAUAAAUUGAAUAAUUCAUAACUCAUAAAAUCGAAGGACUUUAAAACGUUAAUUAAGCUAUAGAUGCAUUACAUUCAGGAAAUUGCUUAAGAGCUGUUGUUUAGAUUAAUAAUAGGCCAGGCUAUGUGAAAGAGGAGGCUUAUAAAUAUGUCCCUAGUGUAUAUGCUAGUCAUAGAACAUUCAAUGGAUAUGUGAAAAGAGUUAGACAUUUUUCAAAAGUAAAUGAUUGUGUAAUGUCUUUUUCGAUUUUCAUACCUGAUUUCAAAAAAAGAAUUGAUUAAUACCCUCCUGUUCUUUAUUAUUUAUCCGGUUUGACAUGCUCAGAUGAAAAUGCGUUGGUUAAAAGUGGGUUCGCAAGCUUUGCUAGUAAAUAUUAAAUUGCUGUUGUUUUCCCAGAUACUAGUCCUAGAGGAGUUAAAAUCGAAGGAGAUAAUGAUAAUUGGGAUUUCGGAGUUGGUGCAGGAUUUUAUUUAGAUGCUACUGUUGAUAAAUGGGCGAAAAAUUAUAACAUGUAUAGUUAUAUUUGUUAGGAAUUGCCUAAGGUUGUUGGAGAUUAUUUCCCUGUGGAUAUUUCAAAGGCUGGUAUUACAGGCCAUUCUAUGGGAGGUUUAGGUGCUUUGAGCUUGUUUUUGAAAAACCCACAUAAGUAUUUAAGUGUAUCAGCUUUCGCACCUAUUUGUAAUCCUACUUAAUGCGAUUUUGGGAAAAAAGCUUAUUAAGGAUAUUUAGGAAGCGUUGAUAAUGGAAAAUAAUAUGACCCAACUGAAUUAUUAAAGAAUUUAAAUGAUUUGGGUGAUAAAAAGAAAAUUCUUAUUGAUUAUGGUGAUUAGGAUGAAUUUAAUCAUUAGCUUCUUAUAAGUAAUUUUGAAAAAGUUGCUCAUGAGAAAAAAUAUCCGGUUGAAAUUAGAGUCUAAGCUAAUCAUGGACACUAAUAUUAUUUUGUUUAAAGUUUUAUUGAAGAUCAUUUCUUACAUCAUGCUAAAUAUUUAAAAUAAUUGUGA